AUGACUGUGUAUUCUCCCGUACCGCAAAGUCCUUAUCGCUUCACCGAUAUUGAGACCGAGACGUCAUUCCGAGUGUUAGAACUUCUCCAUGGCAAGGACGAUGAGCCGAUAUCAUGCCUCCUCCACCUUGCAGACUGGACCCAACCUCCUGCAUAUGAAGCCUUGUCCUAUGCCUGGGGCGAUCGCAAGAUGAGCGCGGCCAUCAAAUGUCAUGGGAAACGGCUUGAGGUGGGACGGAAUCUCCAUACUGCUCUGGCUCACCUGCGAUUACCAGACCGGUCGAGGUUUCUGUGGGUUGAUUGCCUCUGCAUGAAUCAAACAAACAUUCCUGAGCGGAAUCAGCAAGUCAAGCAGAUGCGCAGGAUUUACGCAAAGGCCACAGCCGUACUAACGUGGCUCGGGCCGGACUCCCCGGAUCGCUUGGCAAAGACCGCAACCGACGCGGUUCGAGUGAUUUCAGACUUCCUCUGUGCACGCCUCAACAUCCAAAUCGCGAAUCUAAGCACAAGGAGCAACGUGUACCAAGAAAUCCUGUACGAGAAUCGCCGCGCUCUUCCACCGCCUAAUGAGUGUGACUUCAGCUCUGGAGCCACAUGGCAGGCUCUUAACUGGUUCUACUCUCAUUCCUACUUCACACGCCUGUGGAUCAUCCAAGAAAUAAAUGCCAGCACAAAUCGCAUCGUCCAUUGCGGCCGUGAAAAGAUCGAAUGGGAUCAUGUGGAUCUCGUUGCAGGCUACAUGAUUAUGGACACAGCCUUCUCAAACAACUUCGGCUUCUCCAAAACGCACUGCUGGUGGGCCGCGACGGUGACAACGGAACGCAUGCGCACCCCUAAGAAUUGGCUGUCUAUGCUCUAUCUAGCUUCCAACUUCUCCUGCGAGGACGAUCGAGACAUGAUCUAUGGCCUCCGGGGGCUGAUGGAAUUGCCUGAACCUAGUGAGCAGGCGGCCCUGUUGAACCCUGACUAUGCCAAAUCAUCCGUAGAGGUCUUUCGCGACUCGGUGGAGGCGGCAUUCCUGGAUUUCCAGAACACCGACGUCCUGUUGUAUCUCGUUGGCGAUGAAUCACCCUCAUGGAUCCCCCGCUGGGAACGAUCAAUGCUGUUCCGGAACCCAUUCCGUUUUGGCAAGUCGCUGCCCUGGAAACCUGCCAGCGACAGCAAACCGCAAUAUAGAAUUGACACAGGCCUGAACGUUCUUCAUCUCUCAGGGUUUCUUAUCGACACGAUUCAGUCAGUCUAUUCAUACAACGAGCGGUACUUCAGCAACGCAAUGCUCAACUCAGGCGAGGGCAGGGAGGAGUUGCAACAAGCCUGGCCUAAAAUCCUCGGCAUACUCGCGGACAGUCAGCAGCCGCCAUCCUCAUCCGUAAGCACAACGCUCCUCACGGCUGUUGCAACCGCUCUCUCCUUCGGCGUCGAUGCCGAUGCCAACCCUGCAGACCCACAGGUUUUGCUCUACAACUUCAUCGCAUACCUCUCCCUCAUCCUCCCUCCCGAAAUAUACGCCCACUACAUCCCAUCUGACCUCUCCGAGGCCGCUGAUGCCAAGGGCAACGGGGACGCCUUCGGCAAACCAGUCUGGGAUUUUGCCUAUCCUGAGUCAGGAUUCUUUAUUACCUCGACAGGCCUGGUGGGAUGUUCCGUCUGCGUGCCACAGCAGGGUGACUUGGUGAUUGCUGCUUUGGGAAGUACUUACCCUUCCGUCAUUCGACCAUGGCAGGACGGAGAACGAUUCUUGAUAAGAGGCUACGCUUUUGUAGAUGGGGCCAUGAGAGGUGAGAGAGCAGCGGGCGGUGAGAUCAGAGUGUUUGACUUCCAUUGA